GACCAGGAUCAUCAGGAAUGACAAUUCCAUUGGGAAUGGAAUUUGAGGAUCCUGAAGUAACAUUACUCGCAAAACAACUGAAACAAAUGACAGUUGUAGCGGAACAUGAAGUACCGCAAAACAAACAAGAAAAGAAACUAAACCAGAUCUAUCUGGAAGGAGCACAAAGAGAAAUAAAUCAAUUCAGAAAACAA